AGUAUUAGUAUUACUCUGUAUUUUUAAUUUCAUGUCCAAUCACUAGUAUCGAUGGUACUGUAGAUUGCUAGACUAUUGACUUAGGAGUCUACUACUAGUCGAGGAUCCGUAUCCAUACUAUGUCAUGGUAUUAGUAUGCCAUCCUUGUCAACCCUCAUGCGAGGCUGCUUCAGCCUUCAGCCUUCAGCACAGUAGAGUAGAGUACGAGACUGCCGGUUGUGUAGUCCACCGCCACCACGCGGCAACAAGCUCAGGACUCAGGAGGCAGAGGUGGGUUCUACCUCUGGCUCGGAUCCAAUGCCUUCCCGUCUGUAUUCCAUGGUUAUCCAUAGUUAUCCAUAGUAAGGCGCCUUCGAGUCUCCAGAGUUCAGGAUGUGGCAGCACUCCUGACUUUUGUCCCCUGAUUGAUGGGAGGCGAUGCAAUAAGCUUCCAUGGUAGGUUAUUCGCUAGUCAGUCCUCGACUCCUCAAACUUGCAGAGCUAGGAGAAUUACUGUUUAGUAAUGCUAGAGGGAUAAAAUACGAACCAGAAGAAGGCAGCCUCAGGCGCCGGCUGCAACUAGCGGCCCGCUAGUUGCGCGCUAGCUACGGGUUGCCUUCUGCGGUUUCUCCCUUUUCCUGCACGGAUAUUUACUUUCACAGUUUAA